AGGCCGCGGAAGAAGAGGCGGCAUGGCGGCCCUGUGGAGAGGCUACCAGAGACUGAUGGCCCGGCACCCGUGGAAGGUGCAGAUCGGCACCGCCGGGACCCUGGUGGGUGUGGGAGAUGUGAUCUCCCAACAGGUGGUGGAGAGGAGGGGGCUGGCUGGGCACAGCAGCCGGCGGACCCUGAAGAUGAUGGCUAUCGGUUUCUGUUUUGUGGGUCCAGUCAUUGGGGGCUGGUACCACAUCCUUGACCGUCUGGUGCCCGGCACGACCAGGGUGGCUGCGUUCCAGAAGAUGCUGCUGGAUCAGGCCGGGUUUGCCCCCUGCUUCCUGGGCUCUUUCCUGGCUGUGGCAGGAGCACUCAAUGGUCUGUCCUUGGAGGAGAACUGGGACAAGAUCAAGCGGGACUACGCGGAUGCCCUGAUCACCAACUAUUACAUCUGGCCGGCUGUGCAAGUGGCCAACUUCUACUUCGUCCCCCUGAACUACAGCUCUUUCUCUGCCCCCCAGGCUGGCCGUGGUCCAGUGUGUUGCCAUUGUCUGGAACGCCUAUCUCUCCUGGAAGGCCAACCAGCUGUGACCAGUGGAGGAGACUCAUCCUGACUCCAGCCCCUCUGCACCCUACUCUUGUCAUCCACUACGGCCUGUCUAGCAAUCUGGGUCCUGUGCACCCACCUGCCCCACAACCAAGGGGCCAGGCUGCUCCAUGCACCCCCUCCCCAAUACUGGCCCCCAAGAGGCAGAGAGAAGCCCGGAAGCCCUGAGAUACUGUUGGGCUUCUGGCCCCAGUUGCUCCCAGCAGCUUCAGGGAUGGUGGGAGCUGGAGUCCAGCCGCAGGUUCACCCCCGAUGGGACGUAUCGCCUGGAGGUCCUUGCUGAAUCUGUUUUGGAUGGUCUCUGGCAAGGGAAGCCCCCUCUGCCUUGACACCCGGCUCCAGCCACACAUGAGGGUCAAGGGCAUCAUUCUGUGGUCAUUGGGAGGCCCCAGGGGUGCUGUGACCCCUGCCCCCCCACUGGAAGCUCCUCACUUGCCUCCUUUGUCAGAGCACAGUGGGGAGAAACAGGCAGACUCGUCUAGCCCAUCUCUUGGCUCUUUCCCCUGGCAGAAUGCAUGGCACCCUCUCGUGUCAAGUGAGGGGGCAGCCCGUGAGAGACCAGCCUUUUAUCAACUGGGCACAACCCUCAAUGCACUCGUCACUUUACGUGGCUUCCAAAAAGUAUUCAGCAACUGUAUGAAGGAGAAAGGUCUAUUGGGGGCCGUUUUUGGAUGGCUGCAUGGAGCUUCCAUGUGCAGUGACACUCUACCUCGAUCCUAGUUGCUAGGGAAGGGAAGCGAGGGAGGGCAUCUGGCUGACCACUGUGAUAGACUGCAUGGGCCCCCUUCGUGGGCUUCUCUGACCUUCCCGUGAAGGUGGCUGUUGAGCCAAAUAAAUCC